UAUGGACACACAUAAAUAUGUUAAAGCAGGUUUAUUAUUAAAAUGUAUUUUAGGUGAAAUUUUUGUAAAGCAUCACAAAUUUGGUGUAGAGAAAAUCAGAUUGAUAUAUAUUUUAGAUGACAUUCUUUAUUGGACGAAACCAGAAGAUCUUAGCAAAUAGAAGCCAAAAGGGAAAAUCAAAUUAGAAGUUUGAGUUAGUAAAUUAAUUUAAGGAUAUAUUGUAAAUAGAAAAUGGAUUGAAAAAGGCCAAGAAAUUAAAAGACUUAGAGAGAGCAUCUAAUUGUUUUUCUAUAAUUACAAAAGAACGAACGCUUGAACUUGAAGCCUCAAAUGUUCAAAUAAAGAAUUUAUGGACAAAUAUCAUAAAUAAUAUUUUAAAAAAAUAAUAGACUCCUAAUUAGUGA